GGACAGCCAUGGAACAUUCAUUCACUCACGACGCAUUUACUGGCACAGCCAAUGAUGUAACCCAAUUGAACUUAAAAAUGACUCCAAGCUUCUUCCAUACCUUUCAGAAAACAUAAUAAUUAUUAAUUUAAUUCGUUUUUUUUUAUGUCAUCAUACUUGAAAUGACCGGUCCCCUUCUCUUUUUAUAGACCAAAUGGACAGGCUGUAUGCCAAAUACCCGCAGGACCUGUUGCCGGGGUAAAUAUGGCUGAUAUGAUGAUCGGUGGUUUGCUGUCUUGCUGUCGUUUUGGCGCCUGGUUAAUCGCGUUUUGGGGCAAAAUGGUGAAUGUGACCUGAAUGGGCAUUUUUCGUUAGUAAAAAUAACGCAAAGCGCACUUUUCACUAUAGGCAUCAGUUGUAUUUAGAGCUCUUUUUCGCAGCGUUAGUCAUCAUCGCAUCUGCGGUGGCCUGACUUUUUCUGUAUUAGUUGACAGCCCGUCUAAAAGAGAAAGAACUCUUAUAAACGAAUAACUUGUCGAUUUUUCUAUGAUGCGUUUUUAAUUGUUUUGCUAAAUUAUAUUACGCGUAAUAGCGAUCAGCUCGUGACAUUGGCUGGCUGGUUUCGAAGGAUUGUAGUUGACCUACAGCUGUCGCAUGUGGCUGGACGGUUCCACUGUUGCUCUUCUAUCAUUAGCGUAUCAUUAGGACUUUCAGCAGACGCCACAGCCCAAGCGGCUGAGAUCUGCUCACGUAAGCCGCCGCCGUAGGCACGGUACACGGGCAGCACGAGCAGAGGGCACGCGCUUGUUGCAUCGCCCAAAUGAACAGCUCCCGCGCGCGCGAUGCGAGUCGUUGCUUUCUGGAUCUCAAAUCUGGCGUCAGUUUUUACCGGUAGACCUUAAGACGAGGGGCGCCUCGAGGGAAACGGCUUGAUUUUGGCAACUCUGCUUUUUUGUAUGUGCACCGAACUCCAAUCUUUUCUGUGCACGAGCAAAACGUCUUUUUCGCAGGCUGUGCGCCCAUCUGGGCGAUGACAUUGGUUGGAUAGAGGAGCGUCUACUGUAUACUGGCGUUGUGCAGCAUCUGGCGGUCUCGUAAAGGAGCGUCAUUUAUGAAUGCAUAUUUAUUGGGUUUCGGGAUUGUGUCGAAGGAGAAUGCAGCAGCGAGAUCUUGCGCCUCAGCAGUGUCACUGACCGGGUUUGUUUCCGGUUCCUAAGUGGCUGGUGUUUCCCUAUCACCAACUGCAUGGGGAAAGCGGCACACACAGAUGGCAUGGACACUUGCGCAAGGUCUGCCGCUCUGCCCUGCUACCGGAGCCUAUUCGCACUCAGUCCCCCACCACCUUCUCCACCGUCCUCGCCCCUCGUCAGCCCCGAGAGCACUGCAGCACCGCCGCCGGCCGCCCCUGAGCCACAGCAGACGGCAUGAGGAGGCUUGAUCCGGUGCAUUUCUCCAUGCUCGUCAUCGGGGUCUCCUUCGCCUGCUACGCCCCGAGUUUGGAUUCGCUGCAGGACCAGGCUUACCGAUCGGCCGUGGUGAUUGAAGGCGAGGUGAGCUCGCUACCCGAGAACGUCUCCGUGGAGCCCUACAGUGUGAAUGUCAAAGUGUUGGACGUGUGGCCGGUGAACAGCGGCGGGCUGGAGCGCGAGCAGCUCGUCACCGUCGGGGAAUUCGGCUCCGAGGCUCCGUGCGUUGCGGUGGAAAAGCACCACAGAUAUCUAUUUUUCAUGGACCCUACACUGGAGCCCUUAGUAUUCAAAGCAUCCUUUGCUCCUUUGGACACCAGUGAGAGUAAUCUUAAAAAAGAUGUGGAGAGCAUAUUGUGUCAAGACUGCGCAUCAGCUCCUAAGGUGAAGCCCAUGGAUUCUCAGUGGGUUUUGGAGGGGAAAAAGUUGACACUGAAAUGCGAAGCCGUGGGCAAUCCGGGUCCCUCCUUCAACUGGUACAAAGAUGGCAGUCAACUUCGCAAGAGAAAAGAUGUCAAAAUCAAAUCCAACAAGAAAAGCUCAAAGCUUCACAUCAGCAGAGUGAGACAGGAGGAUUCUGGGAAUUACACCUGUGUGGCGGAAAACUCUUUGGGCAGGGAAAACGCCACCAGCUAUGUCAGCGUCCAAAGCAUAACCACCACAUUGUCUCCAGGCUCGAGUCACGCCAGGAAGUGCAAUGAUACAGAGAAAACCUACUGCGUUAAUGGAGGAGACUGUUAUUUCAUACAUGGUAUAAAUCAGUUGUCCUGCAAGUGUCCAAAUGACUUUACCGGUGAACGCUGUCAAACCUCCGUUAUGGCCGGUUUUUACAAGCAUCUUGGAAUUGAAAUCAUGGAGGCCGAGGAGCUGUACCAAAAGCGUGUGCUGACCAUAACGGGCAUCUGCGUGGCGCUGCUGGUGGUUGGCAUCGUUUGUGUGGUGGCAUACUGCAAAACCAAGAAACAAAGGAAGAAGAUGCAUAACCAUCUGCACCAAAACAUGUGUGCGGAGCAUCCGAACCGAAUGCUGGCCAAUGGACCCAACCACCCCGGCCCUGGCCCGGAAGAAAUCCCCAUGGUGGAUUAUAUAUCUAAAAACGCCCCGGCGACUGAGCGAGUAACACGUCAUGGAACGGAGACUUCAGGCAAUUUUUCAGGCAGCCGAAUGUCGUCGAGGUCUCACCACACCACCACAGCUUCUCAUGCUUCCAGUCACCGGCACGAGGACCGCACAUGGAGUAUAGAACGCACGGACAGUAUACACUCUGACUGCCAGUCGGGGGCGCUCUCUUCUUCUGUUGGCACUAGUAAAUGCAGCAGCCCGGCGUGUAUGGAGGCUCGUGCCCGCCGUGCAGCAUACUGUGGUUACCCAGAUGGUCAACAGUGCCACCUACAGUAUGGAGACUCUUACGACUCCCUGCGGGAUUCACCACACAGUGACAGGUACGUGUCCGCUCUGACCACGCCGGCGAGAUUGUCUCCGGUGGACUUCCACUCCUCACUGCCCCCGCAGGUGCCUACCUUUCAGAUCACCACACCCAACGCCAGCCACGCCCUUUCCCUGCCCCCCGCCGCAUCCGCCGUCGCCAUGGCAUCCUAUUCGCCCGACGACGACCAGCCUCUCCUGCACCGCUACCGGCGUUCGCGGCGGCCGUACUACGCGGCAGAAAGCACGGGCUCCCUUCCGUCCAGCCCGUACCGCUUCGUGGACGACGAGGACUACGAGACCACGCAGGAGUACAUGUCCACCCGAGAGCAGCCCAAAAAGAGCAGCAGCGGGCGGCGUUGGCGCAGAAGAUCGCGGGUCAACGGACACGUGGCGCCGCGCGCGCCCGGUCCCAGGAACUACAGCUCUCAAAGUUGCUUGUCGGAUAGCGAAUGGGAGGACGAUGAGGUAGGCGACCUCGGCCACGGCGAAAGCACGCCGUUUCUUAGUAUGCAGAAUAUGAACGCCACCGAGCCGGCCACCAUCUAUCGACCCAACGACACGCGGACUUACAGCGGCAACGCGGGACGCUCCGGUUCCCGCGGCAAACUGUCACAAUCUCGGUCCAAACCAGACAAUGCACCCCUUUAAAAAAAGAACGACAACGUAUCUAGGAGCGGAGAAACAAAUGAUAUGCUAUAGACCUGCACCUAUGAGAAAUAUUUUUUAUUUUAUAUAACAGACAGAUAUUCUAAACAAAUGAAAUAUUUAUUUUCAUUUCAGCAAAAAUUGUCUACUAGCUAGCAGCAAAGACUUUUUUUAUAGGGGGAAAACUAUUUAUAUGUGAUUUCUUUUUUUGAUUUACAGCAUUAUGAAAAACAAUUACGUGCCAAUUUUUUCACGAGUUAGAAAUAGAAUAAUAUUGUGGUGCCUUUUGCUGUUUGCCGAUGAGGGAGGUUCAGUUGAGUUUUUGUAGCCUUUCGUAAAACAGACUCUUGGGUUUUAUAGACACGUUUGUCUCUUUUUCGUUCGUUCGUUCGUGUUUUUUUUUUAUUUUUCCGUUUCGUCCGUUCAGGAUCUCCCCAUUUGAACUGUGAUAUUAUUCAGACACCAUGCAAUAUCAAGUCACUCCUGUGUAAGGUGUUUGUUUACAUUACUAGGUAUUUACAUGCACUCGAUGCAGAUUCGAUCAAUUCAUUCUGUACCGAUUUUUGCUUUUUGUUUCGUUCAUAGUUGUUUCUCGACUGGUCGUCGCAUAUUGUUUCCAUGGAAACAGAUGUAUGCAGGAGUUCACAGGGCAUGACCUGGCGUUCAGGGUUUUCAAACAUGGUGAUCUGUACGUCCAAUGAAUGUGUUUACACUUCCGUGUGUGCGCGUGAAAGAGUAGUCUGUGAAUGUUGAAUCUCAGUGUAUAUCUACGUGUCUAUGUGUACACAGUAGUGGCUGCCUUUUCGUGUGAGGACGCGUUUAGUUUGUGCGUUUAGCGUCGUGUUCGUCUUCAGGUUAACGUUUCGAGUGCGUGUAGACAUACGCCCGUGUGUACCAGUGCUCCAGUGAAAACGUGCGCAAGUAUGCUUGUAUUCUUUCUGACGGAUGUCGGCGUUAUGAAAAGGAAGCUCUCUUUUUAGCAUCACGUUGAAGGGUUAAAAACGGAGAGAGAAAGAGACAUGUCGGUGACUUUGUCACCCCCUUGUGGUGAGACGAGCUCAUUGCACUGUAUCUUCCUUCCAUGAGUAGUCAUUGGCCGCAGUGCUACCUGCGGGGGAACCAAUCCAGCCUGAUUCUAGCCUACACGGACCUACAUCUCUUAUCUUAGCCCACAUGUUUCCAUUACUAUGCCAGCAGCUUUAAGCCGCACUGUGUCUCAGGACUUUUCAUGACGCAUAAAACACCUCUCCGAGCAGAACGGAUCCAUUACUGCCCAUAUUGUCUAUGCGAUGCUGGGGAGACCAUACAGAAUGAUACGACCAGCUGUGUUUGUCUGUUAAUGGGCCAUGUUUUCAUUAGCAUUUCUUUCUGUGUUUAUUCUUUCACAUCUGUGUGCAAGCUGGAAACUUGCUCAAAGCAACGUGUGUUUGGCUACUAGACGUGCAACUUUAGGUGGAUUAUGUCGAGUUAACCCCUCCUUCCAAAGCCCAGCAGCCUACGAUACAUUUAAGGAGACAAACAACACGUGCACAGACACAGAUUCAAUUCAUACCAAAAAUAGAAAUACAAUUAUUUUCUUACUUUAUUAAAAACACCCAAACGGUUGUUCGUUUCCAUGCAAUUACAACGAAUGGGGCUUUUAGGUUUCAUAAAGGACACAGAAGCAUCACUCUAUUGUAAACAUUGUAUGAUUCUGGCAUACAACGAGUGCACAUUUAUAAUGCAUUUUAUGUCUAAAAGCUCCAGUCCCCCGUUUUUGUAAUUGCAUGGUAACAUCAUUAUAUAUGUAUUUCGUGAAUCUUUACAGAAGAGCGACAGAUAUGAUGUUGAGUAUGAAUUUUUCGUUUUUGGUGACCCAACACAACACUCUUACACACACCUGCAGAUACAUACAGUAUACAUACACUUACACACACACACAAUUCAUUGACUCACCUAUAAACAGCAGCAGCACUCGUCCUUUCUUCCUGUCUUUCUCUUCUGUUCUUCCUGUCUGCCUGUAAAGGCGUCCCUCCCUCUGCAUGUACUAGUGGUUCAGGUAGAUGGGUGCAUGGUUACCGCAGCAACCGAGUCGUGUUCACACGGUGAAGGUGUAGAUUUCAUUUGACAUUCAGCAAUAAAUCCCCUUUUUCAUGUUCAUUCUUGACUUGGAAUAUGCUAGAAAUUUUUGCAAGUUUUCUCAAAAAAAUAGUACUUGUAAAAAAUGAAAUAAAAUCAAACCACUUGUUCAUAUGGAGAAAAAAAAUAAAUCUGAAUUCCUACCAUUUUAAGAAAUGA